CAACGUUAAAAUCGAGGAAGAGAUGGAGGAUCAGCGCAGACUGAUGGAUUUUACCCGGAUACCGCAGAUCAUCUUACACCGGAUAGAUCUCUCACAGUGCUGGGUGUGUAAAGAGGAGGAGGUUCUCAAUGAAUUCAGCAACCAGGAGAGGAAGUCCACUUCAGAUAAAGAAGAACCAGAACAUCAAGAGUCCAAAGAGGAAGAGAAGCAACUCUGCAUCAGUCAGGAUGAAGAGCAUCUUGUGCUGAAACAGGAGACUGAUGACAUUUUGGUGAAUCCUCUUAAUGUGCAAAGAAUCCACAAUGAAACAGAACCACAGAGGAACCAACUCAUCUCUCAUGGCUCUCCUGAGGAUGAGAACCAGGAUCAGGAAGGAAGCAAUUCUGAAGACCCAGGAAAAGAGAGAAAGGAUAAACAGAAACAAAAGGAGAGAUAUGAGAAAAUCAAAGAGCCGAAAGGCAGAACUGACACUGAAAAGCAAAAAAAGCACAAGAAAGCUCACGCAGAGCAAAAAUUAUAUUCUUGUAAAAUUUGUGAUAGAACAUUUUCUGGAAACCGUAAUUUCAUGGUACACGUGAAAACUCACACAGGAGAGAAACCUUUCACUUGUUCAAUCUGUGGAAAACAUUUCACACAAAACGGACAUUUAACUCAGCACAUGAGAAUUCACACAGGUGAGAAGCCUUUCUCUUGUGGGGCUUGUGGAAAAAGUUUCACCCGUAAGGGCAGUUUAAAUGUUCAUAUGAGAUUUCACACAGGUGAGAAGCCUUUCUCCUGUGGAACCUGUGGAAAAGGUUUCUCUAUAAAAAGUAAUUUAAAAGUUCAUGUGAAAAUUCACACUGGUGAGAAGCCUUUCUCCUGUGGGAGCUGUGGAAAGAGUUACAGUGACAGACGGAUGUUAACUCAGCACAUGAUAAUUCACACAGGUGAGAAGCCUUUCUCCUGUGGAACCUGUGGAAAAGGUUUCUCUAAAAGAGGUCAUUUAAAUGUUCAUGUGAAAAUUCACACUGGUGAGAAGCCUUUCUCUUGUGGGGCUUGUGGAAAAAGUUUCACCAAUAAGGGCAGUUUAAAUGUUCAUAUGAGAAUUCACACAGGUGAGAAGCCUUUCUCUUGUGGGACUUGUGGAAAAAGUUUUACCCAUAAAGACACUUUAAAUGUUCAUAUGAGAAUUCACACAGGUGAGAAGCCUUUCUCUUGUGGUACUUGUGGAAAAGGUUUCUCUCGAAAAGAUAAAUUAAAUAAUCAUAUGAAAAUUCACACAAGUGAGAAACCCUUCUCUUGUGGGAUAUGUGGAAAAAGUUUCACCUUGAAAACAACUUUACAUAGUCAUAUGAGAAUUCACACAGGUGAAAAGCCUUUCUCUUGUGGAACAUGUGGAAAAAGUUUCUCUCGAAAAGAUAAAUUAAAUAAUCAUAUGAAAAUUCACACAAGUGAGAAACCCUUCUCUUGUGGGAUAUGUGGAAAAAGUUUCACCUUGAAAACAACUUUACAUAGUCAUAUGAGAAUUCACACAGGUGAAAAGCCUUUCUCUUGUGGAACAUGUGGAAAAUGUUACAGUGACAGAAGGACCUUAAUUCAGCACAUGAGAAUUCACACAGGUGAGAAGCCUUUCUCUUGUGGGGCUUGUGGAAAAAGUUUCACCCGUAAGGGCAGUUUAUAUGUUCAUAUGAUAAUUCACACAGGUGAGAAGCCUUUCUCUUGUGGGGCUUGUGGAAAAAGUUUCACCCGUAAGGGCAGUUUAAAUGUUCAUAUGAGAAUUCACACAGGUGAGAAGCCUUUCACCUGUGGAACCUGUGGAAAAAGUUUCUCUAAAAAAGUUCAUUUAAAUGUUCACAUGAGAAUUCACACAGGUGAGAGGCCUUUCUCUUGUGGUACAUGUGGAAAAAGUUUCACCUUGAAAACAACUUUAAAUAAUCAUAUGAGAAUUCACACAGGUGAGAAGCCUUUCUCUUGUGGUACAUGUGGAAAACGUUUCACCUGGAAAACAACUUUAAAUAAUCAUAUGAGAAUUCACACAGGUGAGAAGCCUUUCUCUUGUGGAACCUGUGGAAAAAGUUACAGUGACAGAAGGACUUUAACUCAGCACAUGAGAAUUCACACAGGAGAGAAGCCUUUCUCAUGUGGGAACUGUGGGAAGAAUUACCGUCUAAGAACGACUUUAACUCGGCACAUGAGUAUUCACACAGGUGAGAAGCCUUUCUCAUGUGGGACCUGUGGAAAAAGUUUCAGGAUGAAAAGACAAUUACUUAAACACAUGAAGAUUCAUGUGGGUGCGAAACAGUGAUGUGCGGUGAGGUUCAUAGCUGGUGAGGCACUGCCUUAUGAUGUAUAAAUACAGACAUCAUGCAUGUUAUUGUUUACGUGCAGACAUUUUGCGCAUGCAUACAACACUGGAGGGCAAAAAGACAAUUCUUUUACAUGUUUUCCAUAGCUGAGUUAACUAGAUGUAACUUAGAAAUGUAGGUAUUAUGGGUUUUUGUUAUGUUGCUGUACAGUGUUUUAAGAUCUUGUUCAAUGUGCCCCUUUUUAACUUUGAACCCCUGCCCAUUCAAAGGUCUCUGCAUGGCCCUGUUCACAUGUAAGGUAAGAUUUUGUUAUUUUUUACCCCAUAGCUUGGUUGUCCCCAGAGUGCUAAUGUUGUUAGCAGCUAACUUAGUGUUGAGUCCUGGACAGAAAAUAGGUUUAUUCAGUGGGACUUCCAUGCUAGAAAAAAAGCUGAAUAAAUUAAAUAUAACCUACCCAGCCAUACAGUCUUUUCCUGACCCCCAUCAAAAUUUCUUGCAGCAUCCGAGUCACAUGUCUGAAGCCCAGAAAUUGAACGCUGUGAUGUUUGUUUGAAAGGAAGAAAACUCAAAUAUUAUUGAGAUUACUGAGAUCUCAAUCAAAAUCACAUUUUGAUUGAGAGCUAACAGCAGAGAGAUUUUUAUUUUCCCAAAUGUUUGUUCCUCAGAAGUCAUUGUUAAAAUUCUGCUGUGAAAAUGUGUUUGUACAUGCUCUACACAACCAGGUUCAUAACAGUAUAUUGGUAUUUUAUACAGCUGCAAAAUGACUUUUGUUUCUUAGCAGGGAGGAGCUUCAGUUAAACACAUUUUGUUCCUUUGGGAGGCUUCACAGUGUUUUCCUUUGUUAUUUUAUAUUUCUAACAUAUUUUCUUUGUAUGUUUUUAAAUGAGUGAUUAAUAACAUCUCUUUGCUCAGGUACAUGUAUGAUGAUACAAGCAAAAUAAUUACUUUGUCUUUGUGGCUUUAAUUAAAGUUAUCUGUCUUCUUCUUA